CGGGCUCCCACGCCUGCAGCCGGUUGUCAUGGAGACAGGGUGACACACUGGAAGAGGGUUUCCACCUACCCUCUCACUCCCCAGAUCUGUCGGGUUUAGGAGACGAGGGUCGCCUGGCUUCGUCCUCGCUGCUGCUUUCUGUCGGUUCGGUGAGAAGACCGGACCCUGCGCCCUCGGCAGCCUUCUCGCUAUCAAGAAAGAACUGCUUUUGCCGAAGAGAUGGAGGGGAAGGAGAAAAAGAUCGACUCUGACUUGGAAAAUAAAAAUAGUUUGACUUUGGAUGCAGACAUGAAACCUGUACCACUGGCUCCGUGUGUGAACCCUGGCAACCCUGUGUUUUCCUGUAUGUUGGACCCCAAGACACUGCACACAGCUACUUCACUGUCCAAACCCCAGAUGAUUAUAUACAAAACCAAUUCCAGCCAGUACGGGGCAUUCUCACCCAAGCCCGAGUUCUUUCCCUGCAAGUACAACCCUCAGGAGCAAGUGUUCACAAACCGCAUCAGAGCAACUGGGUUCUAUCAAAACAACGGCCUAAACACUGCCCCUGACAGAACCAGAGGCAUCGAUUUUCCUAAUUUUCAACACACUCUAUGAAACCAUAGCCUCCUGGCACCUGAAGAGAAAAUGUCCUUCAGGGUGUUAGCUUAAAGUCUAGAAUACCUAAUGUGAACAAGAAUGAUUUUAAUGAAGACUCUUACUUAAAAAAGACAUGAAGACAUGUUCUAAAAACACUUUUAAGAAAUAAAAAUUUUUAACUGAUAAC